GUGAGUGAUCGCAUCGCCCGUUGAGCCCAGUCCAAUCGACCUCGUGUUCUGAAAUGUAGUUCCGUCACUGAAAUCUGACGAUUAGAAGACUCUGCAGUGACAAGUCGUAGACAUUUCUGAAUUCCUGCGUGCUUCAGUUUUGUGCCUACUGAAAAUUGGUGUGAAUCAGUUGUAUUCAGCGGUUAAAUAGGCCGAAAAAAUAGGUGUUCUGCCUUGUAAAGAAAAUACAAUGAAACUUCACACCCAUUAAUGAAGUCAGUUUACAUUAAACUUUAACGCAAAUCAGAAUGAAGAUUAAACACUACCCAGGUAAGGCCGUGAUGAAUGAUCCAGCUUGGCUAGAAAUGGACAUCCCGAACUCUACAAGAGGAAGACUAUAUGAAGCAAAUUGGGAAGAUGCGCAAAAGUCUUUAUCCAACAAUAGCUCAGCCUCCAAUUCGUGGGAUAAAUACAGCUAUAAAAGUAUGGAUGGUACUAUAUCUAGUCGGCUUGGUCAGUAUCAGAGUAUGUUGGAUGAUAUAAAAAAAGACAAUGAAGACAUCUACGCAAUACCCAAUAAGCUCAACAAGAGCGGAAAGGACAGUAUAAGGUUAAAAUACCACAGUGAGAAGUGUUUGUCAAGAAUAAACUCGAAAAAUAAGAAAGACGUGGAAGAGGAAAUUCCUAAAUAUUUCUUGCCUUCCCAAGCUAAAGUGCAAAGAGACAGAAGCUUUAAAGCUGAUGGCAAAGCGAUUCCGAAACCUAAACCAAGGAAAAAGCUUCCGGUGAACGGAGACCAAGACAGGGAAAAAUUUAAAAAUGUCAUCGAUGAUCUACAAAAACAUAUCAAGAAAUCUGUUCGUUUCGAUGAAAUCAGCACGGAAAUAACAGGUACCAUGGUAGAUCACUAUGAAGAUGACAACCAUGAUAAGGAAGACAACAAAGUAAGAGUCAUAUCCAAUCCACUUAGCGAAAUAGACGAUCAAUUGCUAAACCAGGAAGACGUGUCUGAUUCUGACGAAGUGCAAGAACGCGUCAGUACGUGGAUAGACGACCAAAACAAAUAUUUAAUAACUGUUGGCGAAGAUGAAGUGAAGAAAGAAGCCCACACAAAUCUGAACAGAAGCGACAGCGGUUAUUACGAACACUCUGAAAAACCCCGACAGCGACUUCCACCGAAAAACAUUUACCCUUCUUCUUCCUCUUCAAGCGAAUCGGUAGCAGACGAGCGUUCUUACGCGAAAACUUCGUCUUCAUCCGCAGACAGUGAAAUCAACGAAGUGUAUAGUUUGUAUAAGAACGGCUCGAGUCCAAAGCGAAAUGUGAUAAAUUCCCAGCCGAAAUUGCGAGACAGGACUAAGAACUCGUCGCCCACUUUGCGGCGAGGCGGUUGUGAUUCCAGUGACUUCUUGAUCCCGAGGCCCAAGUUGAUUGUGCCGGUGCAUACGUAUGCUGUGAGAAAGAGACGGACCGGCAAUAUUUUGUCGGAGUGCUACGAUUCGGACUGCAACAGCGUCGGGGAUUUUAAGACGGCUAAGCCAGAAACAG